GUUACCGAGAGCAGCUCGAGCCUCCAGCACAGUAACACACAUUUCUACACAUUCUGACCUUAAUUCACUGAUUUUCUCUAUUUCUGCGUAAAUUAGUGCGAUUAUUCCUGUGAGGAAAUGUCUGUGGCCGGCCUCAAGAAGCAAUUUCACAAAGCGACGCAGAAAGUCAGUGAGAAGGUGGGCGGAGCAGAGGGCACCAAGCUGGACGAUGACUUCAAAGAAAUGGAAAAGAAAGUGGACACCACGAGCAGAGCGGUGCUGGACAUCAUGACCAAAACUACAGAAUAUCUACAGCCGAACCCGGCCUCCAGAGCAAAGCUGAGUAUGAUCAACACCAUGUCGAAGAUCCGCGGGCAGGAGAAAGGGCCGGGUUACCCCCAGGCUGAGACCGUGCUCGGAGACGCCAUGCAGAGAUUCGGUCGGGAACUGGGGGAGGAAUCCAGCUUCGGUUUCGCCCUGAUCGAUGCAGGUGAGGCGAUGCGUGAACUGGGAGAGGUGAAGGACGCCCUGGAUAUGGAGGUCAAGCAGAACUUCAUCGACCCGCUACAGAACCUGCACGACAAGGACGUCAAAGAGAUACAGCACCACCUGAAGAAGAUGGAGGGUCGGCGUCUGGACUUCGACUACAAGAAGAAGCGUCAGGGUAAAGUGAUGGACGACGAGAUCAAGCAGGCGCUGGAGAAGUUCGACGAGUCGAAGGAGAUCGCCGAGCAGAGCAUGUUCAACCUGCUGGAGAGCGAUAUAGAGCAGGUGAGUCAGUUAGCGGCGCUGGUUAAAGCUCAGCUGGAGUACCACCAGCAGGCGACCGACAUCCUCCAGCAGCUCUCCAGCAAGAUGGACGACCGGAUAAAGGAAGCCUCCAGUAAGCCCAGGAAAGAGUACGUCCCUAAACCACGCAUGGAGCUCCAGCUGCCCACUGAAACCCUGAACGGAGGAAUCCACAGCGCUAAAUCCCCCGCCCGCUCUCCAGGUACCUGCACUAUAAUCACUAACCUCACCUGUACCUGUACCUGUACCCCUCUGUAUCCACCAGCUUUCCUCUCUGCGCCCCCCGUAGCCCCCCUGGAUCAGCCGUGCUGCCGCGCCCUGUACGACUUCGAGCCGGAGAACGAGGGCGAGCUGGGCUUCAAGGAGGGCGACAUCAUCACGCUGACCAAUCAGAUCGACGACAACUGGUACGAGGGCAUGAUCCACGGCCAGUCCGGAUUCUUCCCCAUCAACUACGUGGACAUCCUGGUUCCUCUGCCGCAUUAGGCCCCGCCCGGUGCCGCGCUCCUGCCGCUUCACCACCGUUACAGUUGCAAGAGAAGGAAGAAGAUAAAGAUGAUGAAGGGUUAUCGUUAAUAAUAAUAAUAAUAAUAAUAACACACUGAAGUGUUUGUACCUCGUUUCCGCUUCACGCUUCCCUACAGCAGGAACUUUUUUUAAAGCGACCUGCAUUUUGUCCAGGAUUUUACCGCGACCCAAAAACACAAACAAGCAUCAAAAUGAAACACAAAAUGAAUAAGCGUAAUAAAUAAAAAUAGUGGCAAUCUGGUCCCACUGUGG